AUGUCUUCCACUCAGGAUUUCUGGCCCCCUAUCGAGGAGGCUAUCAACAUCAACAACGACCCCCUUUCAACCAACUCGACAUCUCACGUCCAAUGCCCCAUUUGUCUGGAGGCUAUUGCAGUGACAAGCUUCCCUCCUGUUCCAGAGCGUGAAGCUGACAUUCUAGGUACGGACCCUACCCUCGGAGAGAUCCUUCUCUGUGGCCACGUUCUAUGCCAGUCAUGUCGUGUCCAGAGCGAGGAGGCUUCCAACCCCUGGGAGGCCCGCAAAUGUCCCAUGUGCCGUACUUCCCUACAGUGCAUCGACUGCGGUAAGCGUUCUCAGGUGGUGCCCAUCCCCAAGGAAGGCCCUGCUUCGUCAGUCCCAGCAAUCCUGACCGGCGGCAGUCGGUGCAGAGACUGCAAGGCGGUUGCAGGAUUUGACGAGGAAGUUCAGCGAGGUGAGUGGCCAGAAGGUCUUACGGACAUGGAACCUGGCUUUGUCCCUCUGUUUUACCACUUGGUAACCAAGAUGCAACAGCAGGACAUGAUCAUCUGCAAGAGAUCUAUCAUCAAUGCGUUUUCAACCAUUGUCGACGAGGAGUUUGGACAGAUGGUGACCAAGCGUUCAGAUCGGGUUCACGAAAUGCGCGCUGCCUUGGAGGGAGAGAGUCCUUGGUUCGAGGAAGAGGAUUCUUCCGAAGACGAGGAUGAUCAUCUUCUUUCGUUGGCACCGGCUGUACCAGAUUAUCCGUGGAACCAGAGACCUGCAGAACGGCCAAACGUCGAGAAUGGUCUGACAGGUUCAGGGGUAGCGACACCAGUUCCCCGGGUACACUGGUCGGACACACUGGACGAAGACCCUGCAGAGUCUACUACUAGUCUCGAGGAAGAGUCAGAGCCCCCGGCACCGGAUGCCGCAACACAGGAAACCAUUCGGGGCUUUCUAGGUUCACUGGCAGCGCGACCAACCCCACGGGCAGGCUUGAGGAAUCUCUUUGGGCCACGGUCUCAAGUCUGGCCUCACCCUCUGGAAAUACCGAACCUGCGUAUAGUCACAUUUGAAACAAGCCCACUACGACCAGAAGACAUCAUGAGGGACCUUCAAGAAAAUUUUGACAGGGCUAGGAUGCAUGCUGCUAAUCGGAACGCUGCUGCUACUACUUCUGUUGAUGAUGAGUUGGCCGACGAGAGAAACAACGAUUGGCAGCCUUUUGGUUUUUAUCCAGAGGUUGUUGACGUCCAUGUAGACUCGAACGGCAACGAUGAUGGUGAGCAUCGGAGCAUCGACGACACGAGCAGUGAAGACAAUGAUGGUAGCAGCAGAAACUACGAUGUUGACAGUGGAAGCUCCAACGAUAGCAGUUUAGCCUUGAGUGUCGACGAAGAUGAGGAUGUCGAAAUGAUCAUCUAA